AUAGCGUGUGUUGCCGACAGCGUUGAGCGUUUGUUUUGUUUACUACUCUAAUGGUUAGUCAAGUACUAAAUAUUUCGCUGUAGUUCUGUCGUUAUAUUUGUAAAAGAUUUUGUAUAUUUUUAUGAAAUUUAAUGUUACAAAUAAAAUUUAAUAUUUCUUGUAGUACAUUUUCUAUUUAGUUUUGUGACAGUGUAACGCAUACUCCGAAAACAUGGUAAGACUUGAACAAAUAUUUACGUAUAAAUUAAAUCCUAUAAGUGAUAACCUAGGUUUAACGUUUUAGACAAAUAACUCAUGUUAAAGAAAUUUCAAACGUUAGCAAAUAUUAUAUUUGUUUUAGUCACCUUUUAAUUCGUUGUAUUUAUUGGCAGGUUUGGGAUGUAGAAUUAAUAAAUGUAUACUGUUUGGGUGGUCCUAAAAAGAAAUAUGUAAUUUAGGUUUAUGCCUAGAUACUCGUUUUGUUCAUCAAUUCUGAUGAAUUUAAUAAACCUAUUAAUUUAAUUUGACUAACAAAAAUGAUCAUAAUAUCCUUGAAUAUUUUUUAACUUUAUAAAGCUGAUUUUAUUCUAGUGUUUUUCCCAAUUGCAAUUAAUUGUAUGUAGGUUAUGAACAAAUUUAUGAAAUACCUAAUAUUUUGGGUAUUUACCUAUUGUUUUUUUUACCAUUUUCAAGUGUUUUAAAGUUAGGAAAUUAUAUAAGUAUAUUUUAAUUAUGAUUUUUAUUAAUUAUAGCCGGUCACAAAAAAUAAUAAAAUGAUGCAGCACAUCAAUUACAGAGUGCGUGUCAUAUUACAAGAUUCAAGAAUGUUUAUCGGCACAUUUAAAGGUAUUUUGUUAAGAUCGAAUUCAUGUUAUAAGGUUUUUAUUCCAAUUAUUUAUUUUUUUUUUUAUAGCUUUUGAUAAACAUAUGAAUUUAAUUUUGGCCGACUGUGAAGAAUUUCGUAGAUUAAAAAGUAAAGCUAAGGUACCUAUGAUCCCUGCAGAACCCAGAGAAGAAAAGCGUGUACUCGGGUUUGUUUUAUUGCGUGGUCAAAAUAUAGUAUCUAUAACUAUUGAAGGACCACCUCCACCUGAAGAAGGUCUUCCUAGAGUACCUUUGCCAGGUGCGGGUGGUGGUCCUGGAUCAAGCCGUGCAGCUGGACGAGGAAUGCCUUCUGUUAUUCCUUCGGUUGCUACACCUGGUAAUAUUUAUUAAAAAUUUGAUUUAAUUUUAUGAUUCAUUAAUUGUCACCAUUCAGUGUUGCCCAUGAUAGAUAGUUAUCCAAUAAAAAAACAGAAAUCAAUUUUACAAGUCUCAGUAUUUUUUUUUUUCAAUAAUUCAUGUGCAACAAGUUUGGUUAAAACUGCUCCAGGUUUAUCAGAAUUUGACAACAAAAUUAAUAUUAAUAAUGUUUUUUUUUUCUAAUUUUCCCGUGAUAGCUCUACUUAUUUUUAAACAUUACACUGUUUUGUAUUAUUAUUAAUCAAUUAACCACGCCCAUAAACAGCAAAAACCUUUGUAAAAAUUAUCUACAAAAUACAAAAAUAGUAUUUGUAAACUAGCCAUUUUGUGAUGAUAACUACAGUUGUGUUCAAUAUUGUACACAUUUAUACAAUUUAACUAUUUUGGAUAGUUAUAAUCUUAAUCUAUACAAUUUAUUAUUAGGUUGCUACAACAUCAUAAAAUAACAAUUAUAGUUGGAUUUUAUUGGCAAUAUAAGUGUUUCCAUUUUUUUAUUUUUAUUUUUAUUAUAUUAAUAGGUUUACAAGGACCAGUGAGAGGUGUCGGAGGUCCUUCACCUGCUGCCAUGGCACCAACGAGAGGCGCUCCUGCUCAACCACCAAUUAGAGGUCCACCAUUGAUGGCACCUCCACCAGGCAUGAUGCGUAAGUGCAUAAGAAAUUUGACAUAAAUUGAAACUAAUAUAUUUAUUUUUCUCAAUGCAAUGUUUAUUAUAAUUUUAAAUUUUGAUUUUAGCUGGUAUGCCACCAAUGCCUGGUAUGGGGCGAGGUGGACCACCACCAAUGCCAACUAAUAAUAUGCGCGGUCCUCCACCUAUGAUGAGAGGUAAGCAGUAUUUUUUGUUAAAAAUAACAAGAAAAAUAUUUAAAUUUUUUUUUUUAGGUCCUCCAUCUGGUGGCCCACGAGGUUAUUAGUCAGUGACACAAAUGAUUCCAACUGGAGAAUGAUUAAACUUUACUAAUUUCAUUAUUUAUUGAAUAUUGUAAAUUUUCUUCAGUUUAAUACCUUUAAUGACAACAUAAUCUGAUUUUAUAAAUUGAUGAAUAAAAUAUUAGAAAAACAAAAAAAACAGAUACAUUUUACUUUUAGUUUAUAUCUGUAUAUUAUUAUUGAUUAAUAUGUAUGUUUAUGAGUUUAAUUUACUAGUUUUUGUGUAUGUUCGGUACAUUACAACCAAAAAUUAGAAUUAUUAUAAAACUACUUUUAUGCAUCGAUAUGACAAGUAUUUAUUACAUUGCUCAUAAUUGUGUAAAUACAGGACUAUUAUUCUAAUGGCAUAAUGUUUUUCAUCUUAAAACUAGUCUAAUUAAAAUAUUGUAUUUCAACAAGUUUCGAAAAAUUGUCAUAUAAUUAUGUUAUGUAUUCAUAAGAAUUACAGUUUCUGUGUACAUUUUUAUUAUAUUUCUUUUAAAAAAUUACAUUUUUUAUCUAAUAAUUUCCUUUAGAUAUUCAGAUGUGAAUAAAAUAAAAUAUUUUACUGUAUGUUAUGUACAUCAAAGUUUUCAAAAUGUUUUGUAUAUUUAUUUAUUUAAAAAUAACUGCUGUUUGUGUAAUGAUUUUAACUUACCAGAGAC